AUGGCCUCUCAGCCAGACAACCUCUCCAAAGGCGAGGUGGCCGAGGCCAUCACGCGAUCACCAUCGCUGUCGGAGAGCAAGACGGAGAGCGACGAUGUACCAACAAUGACCGCUUCAGAGGAGAAAGCUCUGGUUCGCAAAAUCGACCGAAAUCUCAUGCCCUUGCUUUUCAUAUCAUACGCCCUACAGUUCUUCGACAAGACGUCUCUAGGAUACACUGCAAUCCUCGGAAUCCGGGAAGACACUGUAAGAUUCCCUCUUGGCAGUUAUCGGUGGCGUUUCCUUGGCAUACUAACAGGUUUCCAGAAGCUCAAAGGCACCGACUAUUCGUGGGUCUCUUCUAUAUUUUACUUUGGAUACCUCAUUGCAUCGUACCCAGCAUCGCUUGCCUUUGUCAAACUUCCUCUCGGAAAAUUUCUCGCCGCCUGUGUCGUCGUUUGGGCCCUUGUGCUUGGCUGCCACGGCGCCGCGACUGGGUUUGGAAACUUGAUGGCCCUGCGGUUCCUGCUCGGUGUGUUUGAAUCGUCCAUCUCGCCUGGCUUUUCCUUGGUCACCGGUCUGUGGUACAAGCCUUCUGAGCAUGCGGCCCGCCAUGGUAUAUGGUGUGCCGGGAACACGACUGCCUCAAUCUUUGGCGGUCUGCUGGCGUACGCCAUCAGCCACAUCAAAAGCGACAUUGCGGCCUGGCGCUGGCUCUUCAUCAUCUUUGCGCUCGUCACGUUCUUGUGGGGUAUCGUGCUCCUGGUUUUCCUUCCCGACUCGCCCACAAAUGCACGAUUUCUCACGCCAGAGGAACGCGCUUAUGCGCUGCGCCGUCCACAACAGCAGACGCACAGCUUCAAGACUGCCGAUUGGAAGCGGGGACAGUUUCUGGAGGCUCUUCGUGAUCCAAAGACCUGGUUGCUUUGCAUCUAUACAAUAUGCAGUUCUCUUCCCAACGGUGGAUACACCUCGUUCAAUGGUAUCAUCAUCCAGGGAUUCGGUUUUGACACCUUUACCACCCUCCUAUUGAGCAUGCCUGGCUCUGCGUUUGGAUUGUUUUUCGUCCUCGCCGGUACCUAUCUUGCACACAGGUUCAAGUAUUCCAGGUGCAUAAUAACUGCCACAAUGCAGCUUAUUGCCCUGGUCGGCUGCAUCAUGGUUUAUGCCAGCCCGACCUCGCAGCGGUGGACGAGACUGGGAGGCAUGUGGUUAUUUCCGGCAUAUGCCGCUGGAUUUCCAUUGACCCUUUCCAUUAUCGGCUCCGAUAUAGCCGGCUACACCAAAAAGACGACCGUGCUAGCCCUUCUCUUCAUCGGCUAUUGUGCUGGCAACAUUGCUGGUCCGCAAUUGUUCAUCGCUAAGCAGGCCCCCGGGUACCACGCGGCGUUUGAAGGGAUCAUGGUCUGCAUGAUACUGUCCUGUAUUUCCAUCAUGGUUUUGAGGCAGUAUAUGGCAUGGGAAAAUAAGAAGAGAGACCGAGCUCAGGGAAUAUGCAUUGAUCCGGAGACGAGUACGGAUGGUACAUCUGAGCACUUGGUUCAGACCGGUCUAGAUGAGACUGACUGGGAGAACAAACGGUUCAGAUAUUAUCUGUAA